UUCAGUUUUCGCUUUGCAAAUGGCGCGAUCAGAGUUGGUCCCAAAUUCCAGUGCAAUUUUUGUGUGUGGAACCCUUCCGGUGACCUCGAUCGACCUUCCUCCCUGCGCCACGACCGAGGGCUCGAAGUCUUCUGAUCCUUUGUUGGGUGGAGGUUACGCUGUGGAUAUCCCCGGUUUUCAUGUUCGGAGGGGUCGAGUCCUGCUUCAGAAGUCUGAAUCUCCUAAGAUUGUGGAUUUCCAGUGACGUCAGUCCCUCUGCCCCCCACGCAUCGCACUGAUAAGAUUCAAGGGAGCUACAUGAGAGAGGCAGUGUGCACGGGCACCUCAGGAGCUAUGGCGGCAGUGGCAUCGCGCAAAGUCCCCAUGUUAGGGCAUUCGGUGGCCCCCUUACCCUGAAGGGGAUUCCUGUGGCACACCAUGGGUGAGACGAUCCUCCGAGUCACCAGAAACGAAGAAAGCGCCAUGGACGAGAAGGCUAGCUUAGAGACGACGCCGAAGGAACACCAGAGACCGGCGGAAAUGCUCGACCCUGUUUUAAGGAACGGGCAGGUGUCCGUAGGUCCUGCGCCCCUGCCGGAGCUGAGAGCAAUAGUGAAGGUUCCGCGACAACCCACAUCCACCAUUGUGAUUCCGCCACAGCUGAUGGCUCCAGCAUUGGCGCAGGGCCUCCUUCAGAAGGCGCCUGUAGCCAAGAGUCAGACCACAUCAGUAGUGGCAAGUGGGCUGAGUAAUACCAGCAGGGUAGUUACAUGCGCACCUAGACUAAUGUCAGCAAUCCUACAAACAAACCACCACAGACCUGCGAUACUUCCUGCACUCACAACUCAGUCUCAGAUCAUUCAGGCUCCUAAAGCAAUUCCUGCUGUUACCAAAGAAAUGAAAUCCCCAGUGAUCAUUCCGAGGGAUGAAGCAAUGUCUCUCAUUAUUCAGAGGGACCCGGUGUCAUCUGUGGUUACAACAGAGGAAUCAGGAUCUGUGAUACUAAAGAAUAGCCAGCCAGCUUCUGUGAUUAUCCAAGGGGAUCAAGUACCUUCUGUGGUGUCCCUAAGGGACCAAGCACCAUCUGUGAUUGUUCAGGGGGAUGCAACACCCCUAGUAACCCAGAGAAUUAAGGCAGCCUGUCCAGUUGUACAGAGAAACUUGACAUCCAUGUUAUUGCCUGAGAAUAUCAGAGGAUUCUACGGAGUUCCUCAGAGUCAGAAUCCCUCCUUACUAGUUGGACAGAAGCACCAGACAACUGUGAUGGUUGCGCAGUGCCAACAAGUGACCCCAACUAGCCCCACCAUGCCCAUGACCCAGCCCAUGUCCCAUCAACAGUUUCCACUGGAAUCUCAAUACCAGACCAAUCUCCAAAAUCAGCAUCAGGCUAAAAUGCAACCACAAAAAGAACCACAGCCUGCAAAAUCUCAGCCUGCAGUCCAGACUCAGAUACAAUCACAAUCACAGCCUGCAAUGCAAUCCCAUUCUCAGGGACAGUCUUUACCUCAGACUCAUCCAAAAAUCAUAAUCAAAUUUGAUCCCAAAAAAUAUCCUGAAUCGUGGAUUCAGCCUCAGUCGCAACCCCAGGUAGAACCCAAACCCACUCCGCGAAUACCGAGCAGUGCCCAACUUCAGCUGCAGCUACAAACCCCGGCCUCAGCUCCACCUCACUCUCAGCCCCAGUCCCCGUCCAAACCCUCACCUAAAGACCAAAUUCAGGCUUGUGAUCAGCCACAGCCUCAGCUAGAGAAGGUACCCCAAAGUUGUCCGCAAUCUCCAACGAAAUUUGGGACCAAGGCUGAGGAGACACGUCCUCUUCCUCAAACAAACGCCACCUCUGUUUCACUGACAGUUUCACAGAAGCCGCCAUGCAAGAAGGAAGCACAAGGACGGAAUGUAAAUCUUCCAGACAGGGCUGAAAACCAAUGCCCUGUCAUUCAUAGUUCCAAGUUAGAAAGUGCAGUGUUAGACGUCGAACCAGAGAAGAAAGAAAUGCAUCCUGUUGCACGGGGAGCCCCUGUACCUGACAGCGUACCCUAUAAUGGAAUAACCAAGGCAAAGGAGCCAGGUAUAUUGAGGGGCCCUAGAUCGAAACAGGGCUUUAUAAAGAGAACCCCACAGAAUAAAAAAUGGGCAUACAUAGGUGCUUCAGACAAGGAAACGGAACAGUUUAACAAGGAAUCCAUCCGUGGUGUGAAGAGAAAACGAGUGCAAGUGGCCCAUGAAGUAGGCGGGGAGACAGUGUAUUUAGGUGUGCCGGUGAUCAAACUGAAUCGGCUGUGUGGGAGGGACCUUAGGAAAUUCAGGGACAUUGAGAACUUGGGAAUCAGCAUAGAGUCAGCAAGAACGGUGCGCAAGGAACUGAACCGCUUCCAGAAAAAUAAGAGGCGGAGACAGCUCAAGAAACUGAGGAAACUCGGUCUGUGCCCUAUGCCCAAGAGGAGAAAAUUGCCCUCAGAGGACUUUGCCAAAAGACAGGACCUAGAAAGUGAUGAGAUUAUACAUACUAAAAAAGUGAGGGAAUCUAUAAGUGAUGAUAUAUUGCACGAGUAUCCAAAAUCUGUAAAGAAGAGGAAAACAAAUGAAUUAUCUAAUGUCGGAUCAGCUGUAACCAGUCCUCCAAAUGGCACCAUCAAAGAGGCCCCGGAGAGCAAGGCGCUGAGUCAGCCGGAGGGGAGGAAGGAGCGGAAGGGCGGCGCCGGCAGGACUCCCAGGGCGAAGGCGGCGAAGGAGGCGUCUCCUCCUCGUGCGCUUCCUUCGUCGUCGCUUCCCUCCUCCGUCCCUUCCUCUCCCCUCGUUCUUCCCACUUCGUUUUCCCCACUUCCUCCUCCUCCUUCUCUCUCUCCUGCAGCUGGUGCCGUUCUUUCCCCUUCUGCAGCGCCAGACAAGCAGAAGGAGGCGGGGAAGGCCAGCCCGAAGAAGGCCUCGCCCGCCGCGUCGCCCUCGAAGCCAGCCGGCGGCCUCUGGACCUCGAGCGGCCUGUGGGCGGGGCCGGAGAAGCGCCCCGCGGACGCCGCGCCCCCGGCGGCCAAGCCCCGCAAGAUGACCGUGCCCUCGAUCCUCAAGCGCUCAGGGAAGCUGUGGAAGGCCGUCUCGCAGACGAGCCCCUCGCCGGCGGCGCCCUCGGAGCCGGCCGACGGGGGCGCGGGCCAGGGCGCCAGGCACCAGGUGUUCGUGGCCCACAUGAGCGGCCCCCCGGGCCCGGGCGCGGCGCCGCCGUCCUCGGCCCCCCUCGCCGGCAGCCUGGAGCCGCCCGCCGGCGCGGCGAGGACCAGCGUCAUCUCCGGCGGCGCGGCGGCCGCCCCGCUGUCGCAGCUCCUGAGGGUGUCCGUCAACAAGACGUGGGUCCCGCCGCCGUCGCAGGCGAAGGGCGCCGCGGACGAGGCCCUGGCGGCGGUCCCUGCGGCGGUCACUCCCGGCACCAUCCUGCACCAACGCCAGCUCCACAGGUCGUUCCUCCAGCCGGCGGCCCCGCCCUUCGCCCCCGCACCCCCCGCCAGUACAAACGCGGCGGCGCCCUCCGCCGGCGCCCCUGCCCCGGCCUCCGGCGAAGCUCCCGACGCGGCGAAGGCCAAGCACACGAUGGUGCUGAUCCCCGCUUCCUUCGGGCUGCCGUCGUCCUCGAGCGCCGCCGGCGACGCCGAGGAGGGCCCCAAGGGCGCGGAGCCGCUCAAGUAUUACCUGGUGUUCGCGCCUACGUCGUCGGGGCAGGGCGCGGCCUCGAGCGCCGCCUCGGGGCGGGGCGCGCUGCAGCCGCCGGCGGAGGCCGCGACGAGCAUCAUGUCCCCGCAGCCCGUGUCCUCGUCCUCGUACCUGGCCUCGCUCCUGAAGGCGGGCGUGCCCCUCGUGCCCGUUUCCUCCUCGGCGUCCCUGACCCAGGUCUCGCCCUCGAGGAGCUACCCGCUCGUCUCCUCCGUGCUCGCCCCGAAGCCGCCCGCGCGAGGCCCGCCCCUCCCGCCCUCCUCCGCCCGCAGCCCCGCCCUCGCUCCCUCCGCCCUCAGCAGCGCCGUCGGGGAAGCGCGCGCCGCCCUCGACGGCUUCCUGCCCUCCAGCUCGGCCUCGGGCCAUCCUGCGGAGAACGCAGACGGAGGAGCAGCAGGAGGAGUAGCAGGAGGAGGACCACCUGCGGGAGGCGGCGGGGCGGCGGCGACCACGAGGCCUGAGCUGGAGUCGCCGAGGGUGAGCGCCAUCAUUAGCACGGUGCUGGGGGAGAGCUCGGCCGUUUGCUCGCUCCUGAAGGCCGUGUCGGAUGGGCAGGACGAGGGCAGGCCGGCGCCCAAGUGCAAGAAGGCCGCCAGGAGGAAGGCCUCCCUGCUGCUGGAGGCGACGCAGAAGGAAGAAGAGGAGGUUCCUCGUCCGGGACCGCUCUCCAUCAAAUUGAAAAAGAGGAAGAAGAAGGCUGCUCCUGCUGCGUCUCCGGCAGACAGCGCCUUUGGGAGUCUGGCGGUUCCCUGCUCCUCCAUGGCCGGCUUCAGGGUACUUGCUCAAACUGCUGCGGUGAGCGAAGGCAGCCUCCAGGCCAAGAGCGUCGUUGAGGGUCCGAAGGCCAUCGUCAUCACUCCCGAAGAGAAAGCCCAACUGGCGAGGGUCUUCCCGCAGCUAGUGGAGGUCAAGGAAGGGCCCAUUACGUUGGAAAAUGCACUCGGGGAGCUGAUCAGCAUUCAGGUUCCCGUGGGAGAAGGCGCGGCGAAGCCUGGCGAAGGAGGCAGCCAGAAGCCCAAGAAGAGACGCAGGCGGAAGAAGCUGACGGAGGCCAUGAGGGUCGAACUCACCAAGAAAGCCAUGAGCACCAAGGCAGAAAUACGUCUGAAGCGCAUCUGCCACACGGACAUCACCGGCCUCUUCCUCAAGACGAACAGGAUCAACAGGAGGUGCGGGAAGAUCCUGCGGCAGGUCAUCCGCAAUGGCGACAUCAAGAGGUACCUGAUGCUACGUGCCAAGGGCCUGCGCUGCAAGCCCCUCCCCCUCAAGGCAGCAACUGACCCUCGGAGAACCCCAAAAGUCGGUCCAGCUGGAAGCAAGUCUGACGCAGUCCAGAGGAUGCUGCUUGCUGCUCGCACAGGCACAGAGGAGGACUUGUGGCCAGUGAUAGGAUCCCCAGAGGAGACAACAUCCUCCGAGGUCCCCAAGCCCCAGAAGCGGAAGACUGGCAUCCAGCCCCCUCGCAUACCAUCGAAGGAGACCAGAGUUGCCGCUGUCAUGAAUGAGAUUCUGAGAGAGGGAGAGAACCCAUCCCUGACUCUGGGAAAAUCUCUGUUUGUGCAAAAUGAUCGUCUCAGCCAAGGGCAGAGGACCUUUGCUUCUCUGAUUGGUUACAAGUUAGCAAAGAAACGCACAAAGAACAGGGCGCUGGACUCCCUGGAGGGAAGCCAGUUUCUGAUGGACCCCCGGCUCUUUGGCCUGAAGCUGAAACCAAAGCCAAGUAAUUCCUUAGACCAAGAUGCAGAUGGCUCCAAGUCAGCCUCGGACGCUCCUUCAUCAACCCCUGUGACUGCAUCACAAACUGGUGCGCCAAGCAAGCAGAUGUCGGCACCAAGCCAGAGGCAACUGUCUCACCCCAAGAACAAGGCAAUGCCUAGUCCCCCCCCUCUCUUGCCCCCGCCUGGGCCCAACACAAGUGCUCCAGCGCCCAUGCCCAGGCCAGCUGCUCCAGGACCAAGCAGGUCCAUAGCACCAGUCCUGCAUGGACAGAGCGCCCCAGGAGGUGAGCGAGUCAUGCCCCCGCUCCACCCUAGUCGGGCAGCAGUCCACCCUGGGGCAGAGGUGAGCAUUGCCCCCAUGGCCCAGGUUCACAACCAGCCUCCCUCAGUGAUCCACCAGAGGAGAAUGUACACCCCACCCCUUCCCCCUCCAGCCCACAUGCACAAUGCUGCUCUGCUGCCCCAUUCUUCACUGCAGCAGAACUCCUCAGCAACAAGGAUGUUCAGUUAUGAGCAAGCAAUGAGGAUGAGGGAGAGUGCUGGCCAGGGGGUUCCGGUUGGCUACAACAGGUACUCCCCUGCUGCCCCAGAGAGCAAUGGCUGGAGUGCCACCAGGCCAGGAAGUCAUGGCUCUCAUGCACCACCGCUCAUGUUCAUGGGAGGAGCAGCAUUGAUGAAUUCUGUGCGAGAUACAAGUAUGGUUGUGAGAGCGCAGAGGGCUGCCCCUCCUCCACUGUCCUUCAUGGGGCCGAGCUCUGAGCCACUUGGGAGACCCCCCCUACAGAUGAAUCCCUCUCAGGCAGCCAUCAGGCACAUGCACCAUGCUUCCUGGCCCAUCGCCCUUGACUCCAGCCAGCAGGCUUCAGCUGCGAGGAGCUACGGAGUCAUCAACCACACUCGGCACAUCUUACCAGAACAACGGCAAGCAGCUAUAUCACACAACCUCCAUGCACGUGCCCACCCUGAACAACCCCCACCAACUCUACAUCCAAGACUCCAGGGUCAUGGCAUAAUUGAACAGCCUCAGCCCAACUUAUCACACAGUAUACAGGGUCUUUUGCUAAAUGAGCCAAGACCGCAAGCCUUGUUAGCAAGAUUGCAUGCCCAAGUCCCCUCAGAUCAGCAGCCAGUGAAUUUGGUGUCGGGUGCGCAAGGCCAGGGUGUGGGAGACCAGCACCCUCCUAGUCUGCCCCAUGCCACAAGAGAGUCUGUGUUGCCCAAGCUUCAUGCUCUGCCCACAUCACAUGCUGCUGUAUCAAAUUCACGUAUGUGUUCUUCAGCUGCCACAGUACCCGCGGACCAGCAACAGCAACCCGUGCGGCAUCAACACUGCCAUAAAACAUACAGCCCGGAGGUCCUCGCUGUAGUCGAGGCCUUGCUCCUGCAGCUGAUAGAUGUCGGGCUUCCAUCCACCUCAGGGAGCAUCGUCCACACUGCCACACAGCUUUUGGAGGCACGGGGGGUCACCAAUGUCUUCUGCUGCGAACAGGAGGUGGAUAAAUGGUUUAGCAGUUUCCAGGGGAGGCACUCGGACCGCCUGCCCCAGGAGAGCAAGGACAGGAUACAGCUCAUGCCGCUUCCCAUCAAGCAGGAGUCGCAGCAGUGGGUGGAGAAGCUGCAGAGGGACAUGGCCUCAUUCCAGAAGGGGCCUGCCAGCCGCAUCUACUACAUGCAGGAGCUCAACUUCUUCCUGGACAAACACACUCGUGAGAUCAAGUUCCACCGGAUGUUCCCAGGGAAGGUACACUGCUCAAACGAGAAGGACACUGUGUCCGUUUUGUUCACCCUGGGCGCAGAUGGGGAGCGUGGUCCGGGCAUUGUGAUCUUUCCCCGGAUGGUCAUGCCGGAGAAGCUUUUCGCAUCUCUGAAGAACACGGAGGGAGGUAGUGACUGGGUGCUUGGCUCCUCUAUGAAUGGCUGGCUCUACAGUGACUGCAUAGUAGAAUUUGUCAGUGAUGUGUUCGUUCCGUGGCUCAAGAAGAAACAUGCCAACUUCCCCGUGGCUCUCUUCACCAACGAAUACAUCUCCAACAUCCGCCUGACCAAGAUGAGCGAGUGCUUGCUGACUCAGGGUGUCCAGCUCAUCCCUGUGCCCCAGAACAUGUCUCUUCUGCUUAGUCCUGCCGAGUGGAUUGUAGUGGAGUAUUUCCGCAUGCACUGGGGGAAGGCCGUGAGUGACUGGAGUGGCAAGAACGGCUUGAAAGCACUGCUCGAAGAGAACUUUGCACCCUUCAUCAUCAGCUGCAUUAGCACUCAGGCUGCCCCUGCGGGGGUGCGGGCCAAGUUUGAGAAAUGUGGCAUCUUUCCCUUCAAUCCACAGGCAGUCUACAGAUGCUUGCGCUCUCAAAAACACGAGUGAUGUUAAAAAAAGUAGAUUAGUAUUUUUACAAAAGUUAUAUCUCAUUAUUGUAUUUCUGUAUCCCAGUAUCGGGUUUGCUGCUGACUGUGUCAGUGGAAAUCUGCUGAGCUUUGUAAAAUGACCUUUGGAGCCAAAGAUUUUGAAGAACACAGUGUCUGGUCGACACAUGGAUGUACUUAGCAAUACGUAAUAAUUACAUGUUGUGCUUUGUAUUAUAGGCUUUACCAAUAGGUUGGAACAUUGUUUUAGGAAACCUUUGUAACUGAUGAUAAAUGCUUUUGUACUCGCAUCAUAAAGACAAAUUGUAAGUGUAUUUUUACUUUUUGCGUUUGUUAAUACUCUAUAUUUUUGUACAAAAGGGGAGUUCUAAUUUUUGUGUGUUAUGUUCUUGCGGCUGCAAAGUGACGGUGAGACCAAAAGAGGGAGAUUCGCCCUCUUGACUGAGAAUGAGGGAGUGAGAGACAGCCCUCGUACUCAGCCUCCUGUACUUGGUCAAAGUAUAGAAGAUGUUGAAUCUCACUAACUGAGAUCCUUGUUUUUCGUUGAAGCUGGCUGGUCUUUACGUAUGAAAAUGUAUACUUCAUUACAUAAUGGUUGACUUCAAAACAGGUAUUGACGACAACUACUAAUUUUGUUUUCCGCAGUUAGCCAGUUUUCUACCUCAUAUAUGUUCCUAUUUACUGUUUCUUUGUAUACCUUGCUAAUAUUGGAGGUGAAUAAGAGCCAGAAGAUACAUUGUCUCUGUUCUAAAAGUGUAGCAUAUUUCUUCUUGUUCCGUUCUUUUGGCCUUUUGUAUUUGAAGAAAAGAAAAGUGUUCCUUUUUAUAUAUGUAAAUGGAAAAAAAAAAACGAUUGUUCUUUUACAGAAAACAAAUGUAUAACUGAAAACAUUUAUAAAUAUAUAGUGUCACAGAAGCAAGGUUUAUCAAUAUACAAAUGUGGAAUGGUAUGUACUCCUGUGUGUAUACAUGUAUGUAAGUGAAAAUUUACUAUAACUGGAAAAAAUGUAUAGAGACCUUAUUGGAUGGUUAAAAAAAAACAAUGGCAUAAGUCUGGUCCAGUAAGACACGGUUUGUUGGUGCUGUAUUAAAUGGUGAUAGAAUAAAAGUCACACGUUUGUGAACUUAUGCCUGUAAGCAAAUUCAAAAAUAUGAUUUUGUUUUCUGAUGUACUUUCUUAGGAAAGAUGAAGAAAAGGAUUUAUCUACUUGACUGUUUUAAUUUUUAUUAUUAUUAUACACUACUUUUAAGUGUCCUUGUCUUUUUUUUUUUUUCGUUUUCUUGUUUAUGUACAGUACAGAAUAUUAAGAUAUUUAUCAAUAUUGAAACUUAAGAUAAGGAGUGGUAAAUAUUAAUUUAAAUUGUUCAUAUCACUGCAUAUCUUAUUUUGUUUUCUUUUUGCUCUAAAAUAAAUUCUAUAAUUUCUCAGUAAUCUGUAAUGGUAUAAGAUAUAUAUUUACACAUAUUUAAAUGGUUAUUUUUUAUUGUUAUAAAUGAAUACUAUCUGAGUCAGAGAGUGGGAUUCAGAAAUGCAACUUAAGUGCAGGAUCUCAAGUGAGAGUGAGAGAGCGUUUGAGAGUUGGUGGUUCUCAUUUUGAUAUCAUAUUCUCUGGUAAUAAAAGCUUAGAUAAACAA